GCUUGAGAUCCCUGCUCGGAGUAUAACUCGCCGUUUACAUUAUACGUAGGUGUUGUCGGAGAUCAAACUUGACCGUUCGGACUGUUUCAUGUCCUGUGCUACCACAUCGCAAGAUCUGGCACCGAUCCCACCGAUCCUGCUCCUCCCUGACGAGAUUCUUUCAGAUAUCUUCCUCUUAUGUUGUAGGACAUGUCUUCAUCUGCACGCAGAUGCAGACGCAUGGCCGCUCCACGCCAGGCCGAGCUGGCACACGCACAACCACUCCUGCACCAGCCGCUGCUGGGACUGGCUAACAUGCAGCGCGAUGCUUGUAUGUCGUCGCUGGCGUGAUGUUCUAAUCGGUACCAAAACACUCUGGGCCUGCCCUUCCUUCGAUCACGAACACAUGUCGGAUAUCAAGAGACACGAGAUGUUCUCCGUCUGCGGUGACGCUCCGCUCAUCAUACGGCACAUACUCACCGGAACCGACACUAGCAUGUGGCUCGCUGACUUUUUAGGACCUCAAGGCGGUGUAUCUCGCUGUCGAGAGCUCAUGAUUGAGAUAUGCAAGAGCCCAAAGGCCAACAUGCAAGAUCUCUUUAACGUAUGGCCCGAGUCGGCGCCGUUCCUUGAGGUGCUUUCUCUGAGCACCGACUGCUUCGGGCAUACCCGGUCACCAUGUCUUCCAUUGACGCUUUUGAGAAGCGCUCCUCGCCUCCGUACGCUGUUUCUCGACAAUUGCGCACUCGAUCAUGAGACCUGGCGUGCAUUUCCCCUCCAUAGUCUAACGACCCUGGCAAUUUGCGAUAUCUGCAAAGAUGGCCUCAGUCCCACGACCGCUGACGUUCUCGCGCUUCUGCAGCAGACAUCGCAACUGCAGACUCUUGUGCUGUGGUGCCUUGAUGGUGACGCAGAGGUUAAUCCCCUUCAAUAUCCGGAUAUCAUUGCUUCCAUCCCCGAGAUAUCCCGAAUCUCUCUUUGUGGCUCUGGCUUACAACCGCUUGAAAUUAUGCAGCGCAUCAUCAUCCCUGUGUAUGCAGUCCUCGAGCUGAAGUUUUACUACAUAAGGUCCGAAGAUAACGUUCCUUCCCGCCUCGCUGAUGUUUUGCGGGCUCAUUGGAAGGUGUCGACCCUCCUUCAAGACCCCAUAGCCAUCGUCGAUGCCCCAGACAACUUCGACGCCCCUCCGAGUCUGCGCAGUGCCUCAGUGACAUGCUCUGAAGAUCGAAUCAGCAUCAUGGGUUACGUCCAUCCCACAAUCUCCCCACAGCGCGACUCAACCGGGCCUCAUGAUCCCCUAGUACACAUAGAGCUCAACGACACGCGGUUCAAUCCUGUCCCCUCCAUCCCCUCCCUCCUCCGUGCCCUGCGUGCCUAUACAAUCACAUCCCUGCAUCUUACCGAGCUCAGCCUGAUUGGCGCUCUAGAAUGGCAGGAGCUCUGGUUCAUCAUACCCGCAGUACGCGUUCUCCAUGUCACCAAGCUUUCACCCGCUGUAGUUUCGCCCUUUAUCCUCACGCUCACUCCCCAUCCUACUAUCGCUCAGCAGUGUCUACUCCACGCCCUCCAAGAACUACGCCUCCACGAGGCUAGCUUCAGCGGAGUCGGAGAUACACCGCCUUUCGCGCAGCUGCGCGCAUGUCUCAAGGCGCGAUCGGAUCGCGGGAGCCCUUUGCGUGUUCUCGAGCUCAAGCAGUGCACAGUUAUCACGGAGGACGACGUCAGAGCGCUGAGUGGAGAUGGGUCCGUUGGGCGAAUUGCCAGCGAUUGGGACUUAGACGAAUUGCUGCCAGUCGAAGACGCGGACGACACGGAGUCAACUUGAAUGUGGAGGCCGAACCAGCCUUUGAACGUCUCUCAGGUUGGGUAGGCUCUGGCAAUCCACGAAUAUCCACACUCAAUACAUCUACUAAUUUGAUACACGUCAUAGCCUCGAUCGUCAGACAACAAGGAUCAGCCGACUUCGUAGAAACACCCUAGUACAUAUCAAGCGCACGGGGAGAUAUUCAGCUCGCGGCGCCUGAUGCAUUGAUGGCACGCUCAUGCGAGACCGAGGGUGAAGCCGCGCAUAUCUACAAUUAUAUCGUGUCAACGUAACCUGGAUAUCCCACCAAUGAUAAGCUCCCUGACUUUCGGAGUUACCCUCAUCGCUCUUACAAGAUUUUUGACCAUCCCAUAUCUAACCUGUUUACACAUGGAUGAGCGUAGCAACUUCAACAAAAAGGCCAUCUCCAGUUGAAAUACCCAAUUGCAAGCUCUGAAAAUCCGAUGAAUUUCUUCAAGCUGUGCUGCCAAGUAGUAUGCAGGCCGAGUACGCCGCCCGCUAGCAUCCCGAGACGCGCAGCGAAUGCAAUGCGCGCUCAAACCGCACGAUCUCGUUACGUCCGCACACCCCGACAGCGGUCCGAUUCCCGGACGCCAGCAUUGUAUGACUCGACGUCGCAGUCCAACGAAGGCGAGAAGCAAAAGAAGGGAUGGUGUCCCGCGCACCCAUAUAUUCACGUCACAGCUACGCAUACCAACAUAUGUCACCAGACAUUCCCAAACAAAUCGA